AAAAGCGUGUUUACGCGUGUAAACAAAUUUUAGAUUUUUCAGUUUCCAAAAUUUUCACUUUUCAAACAACAAUAUUCAUACUUUUUGCUUGCUUAUAGUGUAGAAAACACGAUGCCUUCCGAUCAGAUACAGUAUUCAGAGAAAUACUACGACGACGUUUACGAAUAUCGUCAUGUAAUCCUUCCUUCUGAUCUGGCGAGAAGCGUUCCUAAAUCGCACUUGAUGACUGAAACUGAAUGGCGCAACUUGGGUGUUCAACAAUCGCCUGGUUGGGUAAUGUACAUGAUGCAUGCUCCCGAACCUCACAUUCUACUUUUCCGACGACCACGAACGGAUCUUCCGAAAAAGCCAACAAAUGCGGGAGCGUCGACAAGCAACGAACAGGGUUCCAGCAAACUAGUAGCGUAGGGGUAGCAACAUGCCAUACACAACAGAGAAAUGACUCCUACGAACUAGGUGUCAAAUUCCUACAUAUAGAGAAUAAGUGGUACUGAUUGUUCUUAACUAGUUCUUAAGAUUUGAAGAUGUAUAUUUCCUACAAGAUGCUUUGUAAUUU